GACACCGAGCGUGAGUCUGCAGUCAGAAUCUGCUUCUAAUCUGCAAAAAAAAAACAUGGAUAUGGAGAAGAAAAGCACAGACUUCUCAGGAAAAUGGAAAAUGAAGUCUUCGGAAAAUUUCGAGGAUCUUUUGAAAGCUCUGGGUGUGAAUGUGUUCCUGAGGAAGAUUGCAGUGAGAGCGGCCUCCAGCCCGGCAGUGGAAAUCACCCAGCAGGAUGAGAGUCUGUCCAUCAAGACAUCCACCAGCGUCCGCACCACCCAUGUCUCCUUCACCGUGGGCCAGUCCUUCAAUGAGACCACGGUGGAUGGACGUCCCUGCACGAGUUGUCCUAAGUGGGAAACAGACAGCAAGAUCAGCUGUGAACAGACUGUGCAGAAAGGCGACGGGCCCAGAACAGCGUGGACCCGAGAGCUGACCAACGAUGGAGUACUGAUACUGACAAUGACUGCAGGAGAUGUUGUCUGCACCAGAGUUUAUGAGCGGGAAUGAGGAAACAUUUUCAAUACUGUCAUGCAAUACCCUUGUUUUGUGCCUCAUGCAUGGUUUACAUUUACUCGCCUUGCUUGAACUUCCUCGUCCUCCUCCCAGCCAGUCAGAUGUUGGUCAGAUCUCAAACAGUGCAGAAGAAGGCUUCGGUUUACAUGAAUGUAUGUUGGCACAGUAGUUGCUUUUAGAAUACCAAAGAUGCCUGAACGUGCUCCUUUAUGUAUCAUAUAGAAAUGUCACACAUUCCUUUUCUAAAAGCCGUGUCUACAUUUUCUUUGCUUUCAUCUUUUUUCAACGUGUUAAUAAAUUGUUUUGUAUGAACUCCCUGUUUGAU